GUGCGCUCGCUGCCAAGGAAACGCGCGCGCGUGCACGCGGAGGAGGCGCGCCCCCCUCUCCAUCUGAUUCUCAGCGCAGCCGCUCCUGAUCUCCUCAUCCUCAUCCUCCUCAUCCUCAUCCUCCUCAUCCUCAGUAAAUCACACCGGAACCAUGGCGCAGGUCUGUACAGCCGACGGCUCGUGAGGUUUAUUUACCGAAAAGCUGCUGCUGGAUUUAAAGAACAGAGAAGCAGGAGAGCAUCACAGCUGCUGCCAUGCCACUGGUGAAGCGGAGCAUUGAGCCCAGGCACCUGUGUCGAGGAGCGCUGCCUGAAGGUGUGACCAGUGAGCUGGAGUGUGUGACCAACAGCACUCUCGCGGCCAUUAUCAAACAGCUGGGAGGACUCAGUAGACAUGCAGAGGACAUCUUCGGAGAACUGUUUAACGAAGCUAACAGCUUCUAUAUGCGUAUGAACAGCCUGCAAGAGAAAGUGGACCUGCUGGCGGUCAAGGUCACACAACUUGACUCCACUGUUGAAGAAGUGUCCCUGCAGGACAUCAACAUGAGAAAGGCAUUCAAGAGCUCCACCAUCCAGGACCAGCAGGUGGUGUCCAGAAACUCCAUCCUGAACUCAGUGAUGGAGAUGUACCAACGCUGUGACAAGCCACCUCCUCUCAACAUCCUCACUCCAUACAGAGACGACAAGAAGGACGGCCUCAAGUUUUACACAGAUCCCUCGUACUUCUUUAACCUCUGGAAGGAGAAAAUGCUGCAGGCCACAGAGAACAAGAGAAAGGAAAAGAGAAGGCAGAAGCAAGAGCAGAAACACCUUGAAGAUCCGACUCGAGAAGUGAAGAAGGUGCGGAAGGCUCGAAACCGGCGGCAGGAGUGGAACAUGAUGGCUUACGACAAGGAAUUCCGGCCAGACACUCGUCUCACGCCGUCUCCAUACCACGGCAUCUCGUCUGAAGGCUCCUUAUCUCCGGACAGGUCUGGAAUGUCGGAUGAGCACUCGUACCCCACCAGCCCCAACCACCCUCAGGAUACAGGUGGAGCAGGAAGUGAUGGGAAGGAGACCGGCCCCACCCAGACCCAGUCGCUGGACCGUGCGUAUCGGCCCCCUGCCUCCGCCUCCGCCAGCACCCGCCAGCACUCAUUGGGCCGUGUGCAGCAGCAUCAUGGAGCUCCGCCCCCUGACCCCUCCCUUAAUGGCCCCCGACCUUCUGCUGCCAAAGAUUACAGUGGCCAUCAGAUGCAGGAACAUUUCAUCCCUCCUGCUCCUCCUCCUCCUCCCCCAGUGAUCCCCUCGGCUCAGACGGCCUUCGACAGCACCUCUGUCCCUCCGGCCCUGGCACCGGGGACGGUGUCGGCUCUGUCCCGUCCCUACAGCCCGUCUCCUCCACCUGCACCACCCUCAGCUUACGUCCCGUCUCCUUCCCACCCUGUGAGUGGUGGAGGUCCUCCAGUUGCCCCGCCCCCACCACCUCCAGGACCCCCCACACAUGCCCCAUCCCCGGCCAGAGCUGCUGCUCAUCCAUCCGGAGAGGGCACGCUGCCCAGGAAGGGCACGGUGCCCCUGAUACCCAUAAGCGAUGCUCGCAGCGACCUGCUGGCUGCCAUCCGCAGAGGCAUCCAGCUGCGUAAAGUCCAGGAGCAGAGAGAGCAGGAGGCGAAGAAGGAGCCGGUGGGUAAUGACGUGGCCACCAUUUUGUCUCGCCGCAUCGCUGUGGAAUACAGUGAAUCGGACGAGGACUCCGAGCCCGAGGAGAACGAGUGGUCUGACUGAGGAGAGAAACUGACCAGUCACGUGCUGUACACACUGCUGCUAUUUUCCCGCACCAGAACACACACUCUCCUCAUACAGACAGACAGACAGACAGACAGACAGAUUUAUUACCAACUGUACAAGAGUAAAAAAACAAGCAGGAAAAAGUGCAGUGGAGACAAAGCAGAGCUGAGUGAGAGGAAGAAGGGAGCGUGCAAUAGAAAGGAAGUGUGGAAUGAGAGAAGAAAGAUUGGGGUGGAAGGAAAGAGAGUGAGGAAUAGAAGACAAAAGGAAAUAGAAGUUUGGCCAGUUGGUGGCGUUUGUAUUGUAUGUAAGCACAGAAAUCUAUCAUACAGUGUGAACUUAAAAAUACAAUAUAUGUAUUUGUUCCUUCAAAGUUGUUCAAAGUUGCCAAGAAAAUCUUUACUUGUCGUGUGCUUUUGAUUAAGGUUUUUGAUAUUUGUCCAGAGAAUUAUAAACGUGUAUCAGUACACAUUUCUUUGCAGUCCUCACCAAAAACAUCCAUUUAGCAGUGAUAUAUACUGUAUACUGUAUACACACACAUGUACUAGCUUUAUAAAAAGAGAAGAAGCAUGAUAGAGUACUGCUUCCACUAUGACUCUCUCCAGGAUAUCCGUCUGCGUAUGUGACACUCUCAGUAUAUUAUUAUUGUGGACGCCGAAUACGGCGCUCAGCAGUGAACCUAUAGCGAGAUCCGCUGCACCGCGAUCCGACCGCUGCUGCACGACACUUUCCACAACUCUCAAUGAUCAGAUAUUUCAUUUGUCACUUUGUUUAAUUGUUGACAGUGUUGUGGUGAGUAUUGAUGCUAACUUAGUGACUUGUUUAUCCUUCGUAAUGGACAUUACUGAAUCUGAAAGUCAUGACCUUAUUGUUUUUUUCUUUCUUUCUGUAAUAUUAAUGAUCAAAGAGAGCAUUAAGUAAUGGAGUGUGUAUAGAGAAGACUGAGGUGUGUGCGUGUGUGUGUGUGUGUGUGUGUGUGUGUGUGUGUGUGUGUGUGGAGAUUGGAUUUUGGAAGAGAUUGAGCUAUUAAUGUCUAAAGUUUAUGUUGUGAUGUCUGUUUCACACACCUCCAGCUGUUAGAUGUACGUAUACAUAACUAAAUAAUCCCACAGCUGGACUCGGCACAGCUGUUGGUCUGUUGUGAGCCGUCGUUACCAUUUGUAAUUUAUAACUACAUUAUUAAAGUGUUUUACAAUUUAUUGUAUAGAUUUUUGUAACACUGCCUGUAAGAUGAAUUUGGGUAUCUAAGUAUAAAAUGACUAUUUAUCACAUGGAACAAAUAUAGAUCAAAUAUGCAUGUGUGCGUAGUUAAUAAAACAGAGUAAAAAUGCUAUGAAUGAUA